AUGUCUUUGGCGGCAGACGACUACUUUGCUAUACAAAAUUCAAGUGAGUAUAUCUUUCUCAGCUUGAGAAAAUAAAACUCAAUAUACAGCAUAAGCUGACAAUGAAAACAGGUUGCUGGAGUCCGGCAAAUAUAGCGACAUGAAAAUUAAGUGUAGGGGCGAGACAUUCAAUGUCCACCGUAGCAUAAUGUGCCCUCAAUCACCUUAUUUUACAGCUGCCAUAGACUCCGGCUUCAGAGUAAGAUUCCAUGUUGCGAAUUUUCACUCCUUAUUACUGGCUAAUAAUAAAAUAUAUAAAACAGGAAUCUGAGAGCCACGAGAUUGAUCUUACCGAACAGGAACCGGAAAUGGUCGGACAAAUGAUUCGUUUCUUUUACGUCCAUGACUACGAUGACGGUAGAAAGGCUACUAGAGAAGAAGGGCCACUCAUGAACAAUACUACAUUAUAUGUCUUCGACGAUAAAUACGGUAUUCCGACCUUGAAGGAGAUAGUAGUAUCUAAAUUUAUGGAUUACCUAUCUUCAAGAAACCACCCAUCCUUGUUGAAAAGUCAAUCUUACCCGGAAAGCAUCGCUUUUGUCUAUGAUAAUACGGUAGAAACCGAUCGACUAUUGAAGGAUCGGAUGAUGCAAGCUGCCGUUGACAAUAUCAGAGAUUUGAUGAAGAGAAAGGAGGACGGAACCUCUUCAUAUUUCCGAGAGAUGCUCCGGAAAAUCCGACCGUGUUGGGUGAAGUCAAAAGAAUGUUUACCACAAGAUAUCCUUCUACUGCUAUGGGACGCACAGUAG